AUGCUAACCUUCCGAGCAGUGGGGGUGGGCUUCACUUUAAUAGCUGUGGCCAAAGCAAUGACUUCCGCAGCCGCGACCGCAUCAUGUGAGCCUCGGGGGCUGCGUGCAGCUUCCAGUCGGGAUGCGGGCUCCGGGAGCGCACGGCAGAGGCUGCACAAACUGCUCGCGGUUCCCGGAAACGUGCCGAGCCGCGUCAACGACCUGCUGCUGCUGCGGCCCGAAACAGACGCCCAGAGCAGCGACACUGCGCCACCGAAGAAGUGCAGGAGCAGGCAUGUCGUGUUCUUCCACGGGGAUAUCCAGAACUUCCAGGAGGAGAUGUCCCUGCAGCCGGAGGGUGCCCAGUGGCUCUCCUGGAGCCUGGAGCAGGUGGCUGUCAUCCUGGGCCGACGUUUCCCUGAGCGAUACGUCUGGGUGGUCAGGGCUUCUCGCAUGUAUCUGCACAAGUUCAGCUGCUACCACAACUUCUUAGAGAGCAACAUGUUCGGAGCACCAGAGCACUCGCCUGACUACGGGGCCUUUCACCAUCUCAGGGCCCUGCUGAGCCACGGCAUGGAGCUGGCCAACGUGCCAAACCCCCUCCAGCCACAGGGAGGCUCCAACAGCAUCCCCUCUGGGUUUUCAUUGAUUCUGGUUGGCUUCAGUAAGGGCUGUGUGGUGCUGAACCAGAUGGUGCACGAGCUGGGCGGCGCCCGCGCUGACCCGCUGAUGUCUCCUUUCAUUAAAUGCAUUUCUGCCAUGUACUGGUUGGACGGUGGACACCCAGGGGGCAGUGAAACCUGGGUCACAGACAAGCAGGUGCUCAAGGAGCUCGCUGCAAGUGGGCUAGAGAUUCACACCCACGUGACCCCAUACGAGGUGUGCGACCCAAUGCGGGCCUGGGUAGGCCGCGAGCAUGGGCACUUCAUUGAAACCCUGGAGGAAUUUGGUGCUUGUCCAAUUAAGAAGCUGCACUUUGCGGAUGAGCCCCCAUCCAUCGAGAACCACUUCAGGGUCAUCCAGGAGUUUUGAGUUUGACUCUUAGUGGCAGUGUACAAAUCCCACAUGCAUAAGAAACAACACAGAGCUCAAGGUUAUGGAGAUUUAAGAGCUUUGAGUGCAGAGCAGGUGGCACAUACUGGUGUGGAUACUGUACGUAUUUUCUUAUUACUAAAUGCACUUAAUGUGAGGUGGAGUGAUUGAGUGGGAAUAAGCAGGUGUGUAAAUCACACCUCCAGGUUUUUUAACCCUUGUUGCUGCAAAGCUGUUUAGGGAAAAAGACUAAUUCACGUCAAGUUUGAUUUUGCUUACUUUCUGUGAAGUGCAUUUGAUUCAGCGUAAAGUUAUGAAUUAAUUUUUGACAAUAUUUUAAUCCAGGUUUGGUUGAAGCUGAGCAGAACCUGCACUUAUAGACCGAUGAAUGAAUGAAUCUGAAUUAGUCUCAGACUUCAGUUGGAUGUCAGUAGUGAUUCCUGAUGUAUUUUAACUGUGGAUCCCUCAGAAAGCAGCUUUACCAAACCCUGAAUGUACUAUAACACUGAGAUGGAGGUUUCACUUCACUCGCUUUAGUAAAAUGCAGCAGCUAAGGUCUGAGUAAAACAUCAGUUUUAUUGACUACAGUAAUUAAUGGGUUUCAUAAAUGGAAAGCUAAGUUUUAAACAUUUCAAUUCUAUCCAACCCACUCAGUGGAUGCUACGCUAUAAUCCAGGUAAUAUGUAAACUAUAAGCAGAGCAGGACUUGUGUGGAAUGGCUAAUUAUUGCUUUUUGAUGAUUUGUUCUCAAAACAUGUUAUGGUUGUUCAAAAUGUUUAUUUAACUAAUCAAACAUAUAGAGUACACACAGUAUUAAUACUGUGAAAUAGACAAAUGCUUCAAGAUGUAGAGCACUACAUUGGCAAACAGCUUAAAAAAAAGAGAAUACAAAUACAUAAUUUGUUACUGCAAAUAAGAAGCUGUACUGUAUGUUGUACUUGGUUGUUGGCAGCAUGUGUUUCAGUCUGCAGGAGCCUUAGAUAGAGCAUCUUUGCUGAAUGUAACUUCAGAGCAUUCCAUUAGUGUAACAUAUGCUGACUGUGUGCUGCACAACGCUGAACAAAGUUGCUAAAGAGCCGAGGCUCCUGCCUGCCCAGUGGCCGCAGUUUCAUUAUCGGGUCACCUACAGAUCAGAGUGUGCAUUUGUUUUGACUGAUUAGAAGCAAUGGGAGGUCGCAUGCUGGCCAGCUAAAGCAGAUGCAUUAACUCCAACAAAAAACACACAAGUACUGUGAUAUUUCUAGAAUCUUUAAUGAACAUUUUCAGUUUUGCUUUGUGGCGCCUGCAGUUCAUCAGAAGACAUUACACAUUGGUUCUUGUAAAUGUCUGACAGAAUUAGAAUGCUCAUAAAAAUAUAAAAUGCAAAAUAAACAAACAUCCAUGUCUGAACCCUUUA